UUAUGAUUGUAUAGUGUGUAUGAUAUAAAUUUGUUAGAGUAAGAAAGAUUCAAUCAAUUGUAAUAUCAUCAUCUUGUUUUUCCUUCAAGAAUUCUUCUUAAUGAUAUUGAUAGAAUCAUUGCUGCUGGUUGUGGUAGUGGUGUAUUUGAAUUUUGGAAUCAUUUGAAAAACUUGUUUUGAUUGAAUUUUUAUAAAAUAAAAUCGAUAAAAUAAUGGGACUAUUGUCCGUUGGCGAACCAUUAUCAUGGCCGGAAACAAAAUCCUAUGCGGAAUAUAUUCGCGAGCAUGGUAUCAAACAAUUUAUUAAUCUUUAUAAUUUGUGUAAAACAAAAACUAGUGAAGUGUUGAAAUUCGGCGAUGAGAUUGAAUAUAUGAUACUCAAAUUUGAUGAUCAAUCCAAAAAAGUACGUGUAUCAAAUCGUGCCAUCGAAUUGUUGAAAAUUCUUCAAGAGCCCGAAGAAAAUGGCCAAGAUUGCGUUAGUUUAUGGAGACCAGAAUUUGGUGCCUAUAUGGUUGAAGGUACCCCCGGACAGCCAUAUAGUAUGAAUCCAACACCAUUAGAACAAUAUCUAAUGACGGCUAAUCAUGAUCAACAACAAGAUUCAUAUUCAGCAUCCAAUAAUGAUAAUAUCAAUAUGAUGAAUGAGCACAACUAUAAUGCUGAGGAUGAUGAUAAAAAUGUUGAAGAUGAUGCAUCGAUGAUGGAUAAUAAUAAUAAGUUGACAUCAUCAUCAUCAUCAUCAUCUUCAUCAAGUACACCAUUUUCAUUUGUCAAUGUAAUUGAAGCAAAUAUGCGUCUAAGACGUAAACAAGUUAUUGAUCUAUUGAAUGAAAAUGAAACAAUACUAUCGAUAAGUCCAUUUCCUUCAUUAGGUACAUUCGAUUUUUGUGAGCCAAGUUCAUUUGUACACCCGACAUAUGGUUAUAGUCGUAGUUUAUUUUUUCCCGAUGAAGCUAUCUACACUGGUCAUCCCAGAUUUCGUACAUUAGCCAAUAAUAUACGCGAACGUCGUGGACGUAAUGUUGAUAUUUAUCUGCCUAUUUUUAGGGACCAAAAUACUUCUAGUCCAUUUCGAGAAAAUUUUGUUGAUUCAUUAAAUAUCGACCCCACUAGUAUUGAUGAUGAAGAAAAGGAAAAAUAUGAAGAAAUUGCCCGUGAACGUGAACGUAUUUUUCGUAAAGACGAUCAUAUCUAUAUGGAUGCUAUGGGUUUCGGUAUGGGAUGCUGUUGUUUACAGGUUACAUUUCAAGCGUCAAAUAUUGAUGAAGCAUGCUGCCUUUAUGAUCAAUUAGCACCAUUAUGUCCAAUUAUGAUGGCAUUAUCAGCUGCAUCACCGAUAUUUCGUGGCUUUUUAUCCGAUAUUGAUUGUCGAUGGUCGGUGAUUGCUCAAUCAGUCGACGAUCGUACUGAAGCUGAAAUAACGGGAAAAUCAUGUCGUCGCAUACCUAAAUCCCGAUUCGAUUCGAUUGAUCUUUAUAUUAGUCGGCAAAAUGUUGAUUAUAAUGAUAUAGAUGUUGUUUAUGAUGAACGUUAUUAUCAACAAAUGAUUGAUAAUCAAAUACCAUCAUCAAUAGCCAAACAUAUCGCUCAUCUCUUUAUCCGUGAUCCAUUGGUUAUAUUUAAAGAAAAAUUAGACAUCGAUGAUACUAAAGAAAGUGAUCAUUUCGAGAACAUUCAAUCAACAAAUUGGCAGACAAUGCGUUUCAAACCGCCGCCAUUAAGUCAGCCGGAAAUAGGUUGGCGUGUUGAAUUUCGUCCAAUGGAAUUACAAUUGACGGAUAGAGAAAAUGCUGCAUUAGUUAUAUUUGUGGUAUUGCUCACUCGAUUGAUAUUAUCAUUCAAUUUGAAUCUGUUGAUACCAAUGUCCAAAGUUGAAGAGAAUAUGAAAGUGGCUCAAGAACGUGACGCAUUAAAACAUAAACGAUUCUGGUUUCGACGUAAUAUUUCGUUUCCACAGAAUAUUCGUGAACAUUUGCGCGUACGACGUUGUCGGGCUUCGAAACAGUUAUCACAUUGUUUUGCCUCUUGUUCGGAUCGAUCAGCAAAAAAUAUUGAAACCUGUUGUGUUCAAUUGACUAUUGAUGAAAUCAUUAAUGGCACCGAUAUCGAUGUUAACGAUGAUGGCAUACAUGAUGGUGGUUUCCCUGGUCUUAUACCAUUAUUGAAUUUCUAUCUGGAUAGUGUUGAGAUCGAUGCUGAAACACGUUGCACGUUAAAUCUUUAUCUACGUCUUAUAUCCCGUCGUGCAAAAGGGGAAUUACCGACAGCUGCACAGCUAAUCAGACGUUUUGUCAUUGGACAUGAGGAUUAUCAAAAUGAUUCGCGGGUGUCAUCGAAAAUUGUCUAUGACUUAUUAAAACAAUUGGAUCAAUUGCAAACUGAUCAGAUUACUCUCGAACAAUUGAUUACCAAUAUUAAUCAACAUUUCAAUAGCAAAACUCAAACCAAAACCCCAGAUUGAUUAUCCAAAUCUAUUUUAAUUAAUUUAUUCAUAAACAGAGUUUUUAUUGCUUGUUUUUUCUAGUUGUUGUCUAAGUUGAAUUUGGGCC